AAAGAUGACAACGAACUUCUCACACUGGAAAUAAUCCACAGAUAUGUUGAACUUCUUGACAAGUAUUUUGGCAGUGUAUGUGAGUUAGACAUCAUUUUCAACUUUGAGAAGGCAUAUUUUAUGCUGGAUGAGCUGAUACUUGGUGGAGAGAUUCAAGAAACAAGCAAGAAAAAUGUUCUGAAGGCAAUUUCAGCUCAAGAUCUCCUUCAGGAGGAAGGGGAGCUGCAGCGUACUCUGGAAGAAAUGGGGCUGUCGUAAUUACAAGAUGAAGGAAAGAGAGAUCUCUAUCAUCAACUUAGGAAUCUCCUUUAGUUAUUUUUUCAAAUUUACUCCUUAGUUUGAGAGGAUAGUGCAGGGACAACGUGAAAUAAUGAAAUCACUGUAUUCAAGCUUUAUCGUGACAGCAUAAGGAAUUCAUAAAAAGCUAUCAGUUUCUUUUCGGUUAGGAGAAAAGACUCCUCUUUGUGCAUGGUCUUCUAGUUGUCUUUUCUGCCUGUCUUUUUCAGCUGUCCCAUUUCAACCGGGCUACAACCCGAACUUGGAAUAAGCGCGUUCGCCUGAGCUAUGCAGUAAGAACAUUUUAAGAUUAACAUGUUGUUAACCUCUCCAGAUAGCAAAGAAACCUGUUCCUCAGUCCUGGGUCCCGUUUCUCGAAGGUCCCGAAAAGUUUUCGCACCCGGAAAGCCGUAACAAAAUCUCAGACCUUAUGAUUACAGAGCUGUUUAAUUCAGAUAUUCUCAGUCUAAACAGAGGUUCCAUUCCGUACAAGAAGUUUCAGGCGUAUACACCUCUCUGUCUUUAAAUACCGAUUGACUAAAAGUGGCUUCUCGGGCCCAAAAAGUUUCCGGGACUUUCGAGAAACAGGCCCCUGGUUUGAUUCAAGAUUGAUCUAAUCACAAAUAUUUGGUAUAAAGUAAAGUAUAGCCUAUGUGAACGUUAUAAAGCUGUUCUUAUUAUGUUUAGUAUCAGUAUGCUUGUCUAUUAAAGCAAAGUGAAAUAGA